AUGAAGAUUUUAGAAGACAGUCACAGAGGGAGAAACGUGAGUGGAAAGCAUGUCUUCAUAACAGGUUGUGACACCGGACUUGGAAACUCACUGGCUAAAUGGCUUGAAAAAGGGGAUUUCAUUGGGGAUGUCAUUGCUGCAUGUGCUACAAACAAAGGAGGCCAAGAGCUACGGUCCUGCUCCUCACUCUCACUGAAGACAGCAAACCUGAACUUAGCUGACUCCAACGGCAUUGCCAGGGCUGUGGUGUUUGUGACCAAAGAGAUGGCUGGCAGUGUCCUCUUAGGGCUUUUUCAUUUGGUGAGCAGUGCUGAAGGAACAGCAUCUGUAGCACCCACUGACUGGCUGAGGAUUGAAGACUUCCACUCAGUGCUGGAUGUUAGUCUGCCGGGAUUGAUUGAGCUUCUGCCACUUCUGUAAAAAGCUGAGGGAAGAGUAGUCAAUCUAAUUAACACCAAAGGCCUCAUGGUUUUUGUAGGGAGUAGCUACAGCCUGUCCAAAUGGGGUAUGGAAGCUUUCUCUGACACCUUACAGAUAGACAUGUAGCAUUUUGGAGUGAAAGUAAGCAUUGCUGAGCAUGGUUUCUAUAUGACAGAAGCAGCUAAUUCAGAUGUAAUUGAGAGAGACCUCUUAAGACUUUGUAACAGACUGACCCCUAAGAUCAGGUACUCCUAUGGAGAAAAAUACUUUGUUGAAUAUACAAAAGCUCAAAGAUUACCAGUGAAAAGACUGUGUGACUCUGGUAUUUCUAAGGUCAUAAAAUGCAUAAAACAUGCCCUGAUAGCAAAGUACCCCAGGACAUGAUACAGAGCUGAAUGGUAUGCAAAGUUAUUUUGGCUGUUUCUUUCCUAUGCCCCAAGCUGUUCAUCUGACAUACUGCUGUGUAUUGCGUUUCCAGCUCCAGCAGCUAGUGUGAGAUCAGUUCCUGGACUCCUAACUAACAUUUAG